UGAAACUAAUCCGCCUCCCCUCGUAGUACCUCAGACUUCUGACUUUCAACUUUCCCGUAAAGAAAGGACUAAACAGCUCAAAAACUCAAAGGGCUCCAGGGACACGAUAAUCAAAUCAAACUCUCUCUCUAGUCCCUCUCUCCAAGAAAUUUCCAAAACCCUAGGGCGUCACCCUCCUGUUCCUCCCUGCACGAUCCAAUCCAACCAUGGCCGACGAACCCUCAGUGGCACCCCCCCAAUCCGGUUCGUCUCCUUCACCCUCAGCUUCCCCCCUCGGCAACUCUGUGAUCCCAAUAGUGAACAAGCUCCAAGACAUCUUCGCGCAGCUCGGUUCCCAAUCCACCAUUGAGCUUCCUCAGGUGGCCGUCGUUGGGAGCCAAAGUAGCGGCAAGUCCAGCGUUCUCGAGGCCCUCGUCGGCCGUGACUUCUUGCCGCGUGGUUCUGAAAUUUGCACGCGCCGCCCGCUCGUACUCCAGCUCUUGCAGACCAAGCGCAAUGCUGACGGCACUGACGAGGAAUAUGGGGAGUUCCUGCACGUGCCUGGGAAGCGCUUCUACGACUUCUCCGAGAUUCGGAGGGAAAUUCAGGCCGAGACAGAGAGAGAGGCAGGGGGGAAUAAAGGUGUCACAGACAAGCAGAUACGCUUGAAAAUAUUUUCACCAAAUGUUCUUGAUAUCACUCUAGUAGAUCUACCUGGUAUAACGAAGGUUCCUGUUGGUGACCAACCCUCUGAUAUCGAGGCAAGAAUUAGGACGAUGAUCAUGUCAUACAUCAAAAUUCCAACUUGUUUAAUUCUUGCUGUUACAGCAGCAAAUUCUGACUUAGCAAACUCAGAUGCUCUUCAGAUUGCAGGAAAUGCCGAUCCUGAUGGUCUACGAACCAUAGGAGUAAUCACAAAGUUGGACAUAAUGGAUAGAGGUACUGAUGCCCGUAAUCUGUUGCUUGGAAAAGUGAUUCCCCUGAGACUUGGUUAUGUAGGUGUUGUGAAUCGUAGUCAGGAGGAUAUUAUGAUGAACCGAAGUAUUAAGGAUGCUCUUGUGGCUGAGGAGAAAUUUUUCCGCAGCCGCCCAGUAUAUAAUGGUCUAGCUGAUCGCUGUGGCGUCCCUCAGUUGGCAAAGAAGUUGAACCAGAUUCUGGUGCAACAUAUUAAGGCUGUACUUCCGGGGCUCAAAUCACGCAUAAGCUCCACACUAGUUACUGUUGCCAAGGAGCACGCCAGUUACGGGGAAAUCACAGAAUCAAAGGCUGGUCAGGGAGCUCUACUUCUUAACAUUCUUUCAAAGUACUCUGAAGCAUUUUCUACAAUGGUCGAGGGGAAAAAUGAAGAAAUGUCAACAACUGAGCUUUCUGGUGGAGCGCGAAUUCACUAUAUUUUUCAAAAUAUCUUUGUGAAGAGUUUGGAGGAGGUGGAUCCAUGUGAGGAUCUUACAGAUGAUGACAUUCGAACUGCCAUUCAAAAUGCCACUGGUCCUAGAUCUGCAUUAUUUGUACCAGAAGUUCCUUUUGAAAAUCUUGUCCGGAGGCAAAUAGCUCGCUUGUUAGAUCCAAGCCUUCAGUGCGCUAGGUUCAUAUAUGACGAGUUGAUGAAGAUUAGCCAUCGCUGCCUAGUAAGUGAAUUGCAGCGAUUCCCUAUUCUAAGAAAGCGGAUGGAUGAAGUCAUAGGGAACUUCCUGCGGGAAGGCCUUGAACCCUCUGAGACAAUGAUUGGGCAUAUUAUUGAGAUGGAGAUGGACUACAUCAAUACUUCACAUGCAAAUUUUGUUGGUGGGAGUAAGGCUGUGGAUGUUGCAUUGCAACAGGUGAAAUCAUCUCGGAUACCACUGCCUCUUUCAAGGCAAAAGGAUGGUGUAGAUUCUGAUAAGGCACCAACAUCUGAAAGAAGUUUGAAAUCUAGAUCAAUUCUUGCCCGACCGGUAAAUGGAUUCGUGCCUGAACAGGGUGCACGACCUGUGGCAGACAAUGAAAAAGUUGCAUCAUCUGGGAAUAUAUUAGGAGGUUCAACUGGUUCAAGUUGGGGGAUUUCUUCAAUUUUUGGUGGGAAUGAUAACCGCACACCAGCUAAAGAAAGCUUAAUAAACAAGCCAUAUAAUGAACCUAUUAACAACAUUGAACAAGCAGUCUCAAUGAUCCAUUUAAGCGAGCCCCCAACUAUAUUGAGGCCCACAGAGAGCCACUCAGAGCAGGAGACAAUUGAAAUUGCAGUCACAAAACUCCUAUUAAGAUCUUACUAUGACAUUGUUAGGAAGAAUAUACAGGAUUCUGUACCAAAAGCAAUAAUGCACUUCCUGGUGAAUCAUACAAAGCGUGAGCUGCACAACGUCUUCAUUAAGAAGCUUUACCGUGAGAACCUGUUUGAAGAGAUGCUGCAGGAGCCAGAUGAAGUAGCAAUGAAAAGAAAGCGAACCCGGGAAACCCUCCGAGUUCUGCAACAGGCUUUCCGGACGUUGGAUGAACUGCCUUUGGAAGCUGACACAGUUGAAAAAGGUUAUUCUUUGGGUGCUGAUCCAACAGGGUUGCCAAAGAUCCAUGGCUUGCCAACAUCAUCACUGUAUAAUACAAGUAGUUCACAUGAUUCCUACUCUUCACCUAAGAAUACAAAGUCUAGAAAGUCGUCUCACUCAGGGGAGCUUCACUCGCCAUUUUAUUCUAAUGCGGAUUCAAAUGGAAGUGGACGCAUGUACAUGCCUAGUCUAUAUCCAACUGUUGAUCCAUAAGCAGGUUCGUGUAGCAAUGCAAGUCUUUCGUAUUGUCGAAGCAUUAUAUUCAUUUGAUUGCUCUUCCGAUUCUGUUGGUGAUUGGAAGUUCACCUUCAGUAGGCAGACUGUCGGGGAGUUGGUAUUUUGUUCCAACUGAUGAGUUGUGCAAAUCAGGGGGUAUCAGGCAUUGCUGUUUCCUCUGCAUAUUUAUCUACCCUUUUUAUUUAUUUAUAUAUAAUAGUAUAGAAGGCAGACGAUUGUUGA